UACACAACGUGGCUAGACAAUGUUUGCCAAUCAAGGAGAAACGUCGGUGCGUCACGCACGAUCGAUUUGGCAGUAUAAACUCAGCUAGCUUACGGGUGGAGAUAGCGAGCUCGAUCGCUAUCACGUGCAAGUAGCCAGCCGGGGAGUGCUAGCUGUUAACAGUUAUAAUGAUUUAAUAGUCCUCAUCUCAACAGCGGGGCACUUUACGGAAUUAAGGAAGUCCACGCGUGAUUGGUGAAUGGGCCCACUGACUGGCGCGUGCAGUGUCGUGUAAGCAGUCGAGUCCGGUCCGGCCACUCAUCGAGUGACGCAACCAAAUCCGAAUGUCAGAUCGUGGGGUACUUGUGUUCACGAUCCGUUCCGCCGGCUGAUUUCCCGUGGAAUUGUUCCCAAGGUCAUUGACAGCGUUCUCAAGAUCAAGACAGCGGAGGUCCGGAUCGUGCCCUGGUUCUGUCUAGAAACGAUGGCUUGUCUGCUGAUGAUGAGAACUGAUGCACAUUGGAUCAUGGGAUGAACCCCUGCUCAGCAUUCCGCUGUGAUGCAUGCACCAUUGAGGAUGAAAAUGAGAUCGCGGCGAACUCUCUUCCUGUUGCUUUUAACCUUUGUGCUGGCCUGCCUGUUACUUUAUCUACGCAUUUCUCCUAUGAAGGGGACUCGACACCAAAAGUACGACGUAUUCCAAGUACUAAACUCUAGAGUACUGGAUAUAGACAACUACCUCAGGGAUAGCAGAGAGGAAUCUGGGGAGGAUCCCUACAAGAGACACGCCUUCAAUCAAGCCAGGAGUGACAGUGUACCCAUUGAUAGAAACAUUCCCGACACAAGAAACUUUAGGUGCCAAAAUAUAGAUUAUGGUGUUGAAAAUCUUCCUCCUACAUCAGUCAUCAUAACAUUCCACAAUGAGGCAAGGUCAACAUUAUUAAGGACUGUCGCCAGUGUGCUGAACAGAAGUCCUUCACAUCUCAUCCAGGAAAUCAUCCUAGUGGAUGACUUCAGCGAUAACCCUGAAGAUGCUCAGAUUCUCAGUCAGAUCCCCAAGGUGAAAGUACUACGUAAUGACAGGAGAGAAGGUCUUAUACGAUCGCGAGUGCGAGGGGCUGAUGCAGCCAGUGCCAGCAUCCUCACGUUCCUGGACAGUCACUGCGAGGCAAACGUAGACUGGCUGCCUCCACUGCUGCAUAGAGUUCACCAGGAUCAGCAAACCGUUGCGAGUCCCUCGAUAGAUAUUAUAUCCAUGCAUACAUUCAAUUACACGGCAGCCAUGACAGAUCUCAGGGGAGGUUUUGAUUGGAGCCUACACUUUAAAUGGGAGCACAUGCCAGUGGAUCAGAGGUCAAGGAGAAAAAACUCUAUCGAGCCAAUCAGGACACCCAUGAUUGCAGGUGGACUGUUUGUCAUAAAUAAAGGCUGGUUCAACAAGCUCGGGAAAUACGACACCGAGAUGAACAUAUGGGGAGGGGAAAACUUUGAAAUUUCUUUUCGCGUGUGGCAGUGUGGUGGUAGCCUGGAGAUCAUACCCUGUAGUCGAGUGGGCCAUGUAUUCCGCAAGAAGCAUCCGUACACUUUCCCUGAGGGGAAUGCCAACACCUACAUCAGAAAUACGAGACGAACAGCGGAAGUGUGGAUGGAUGACUACAAACAGUACUUCUACAAUGCUAGGCCUUCAGCUAGGGGAAAACCAUUUGGGAAUGUAGACAGCAGGAGAGAAUUACGGAAGCAGUUGAACUGUAAGCCCUUCCAGUGGUACUUAGAGAAUAUUUAUCCAGAACUCAGAAUUCCCAAACCGGGAAAUGUGCAAUAUGGCAAGCUACAGCAGGGGGACCUCUGUCUGGACUCCACCCCGAGAGCAACCGGAACCACCUGGGCCCCUUCCAUCAUUCCGUGUGAGAUCCAAGAUCAGGAUCAGGCAUGGUCUUUAACCAAAGAGGACACCGUCCAACAACAGUUCCAAUGUUUGACUGUCAGUUCAUCAGUGCCUGAUACCAGAGUCUACCUUACUACUUGCCAAAGUAAUGACAUCAAACAGAAAUGGACAAGGGAGGGCAGCAGACUGAUACACCAGCUGAGCCACCUGUGUCUUGACCACCUGCCCCAGAGGGGGCUAGUGGUCCGGCCCUGCGACCCAGACUCCGACACCCAGAUAUGGACAUUCAAACCUCCCCGUCCAGGCAAGCACUGACAGCCCCAGCGCUUGAGAGAAGUAGCGAUGGUGCAAUUACCCAUGUAAAGCAACUGGUCAGUUGAAUAGCUUAAUUUAACAGCUUGCUCCAUCACUUAGGCCAGCAGCUGUUAGUGUAUGCCAACCGUUCGGCCGGAUUUGUACCUUUUAAUUAAAUGUAUUUAUUUAUUUAUUUAUUUAUUUAUUUUUUGGCAAGCUAUUCUGCAAGUGUACUGCUGUUUUAUUGUUUCAGAACUUUUGAAGUGCAUGGAAGACAGAGAGUUCAAGGGCAGCAUUUUUCCUGCCCAGUUUUAGUGUACGUGUAAUUCACGAAUGAACCCCACUGUGGUAUUUUUUUUAAUCUAGUCCACCUGUCCAAAGAUCGGGCCACACAGAAAGAAAAAAUAUGAAUUUGCCCCGUGUCCAUCCAAGGUCCCUUUAAGUCUGUGUUCCUUUUGAACUGGAAAAAUCAACAUCAGAUCCAUCAGUUGAGUUUGAGGGAAACCUACUGUCUUUGCUGAUGACCUCCAAUUUUGCCUGAGAACAUUUUCCUAAUAAUAAUAUUCACCUGCUAUUAUCUUUUACAUUUAUACCUCAUGUUUGUAAAGAAUACAAACUUAAAAUGCAGAUUCAAAAAUAGAAUACAACUAAAUUUUAUUACAGAAUAUAUGAUAGUGCACAUGCGAACAAAAUAUAUUUCAAAUGCCCUCAUUAGUUUUGAAAAUCUGCCUUUUCUGCUGUGCAAGUCUUGCGGCUGCGGGCUCUGUCUCAAAUAUCCCAGUUGUAAAACGGUGAAAUGUUACUGUGUAACAGACACUCGUCACAUGUUGUUGCUCUGGGCCAAAUUUCACAGAGAUGCGAAGCAGAAAAAUGAAGUUAGCCAAAUUCAUAUGUGACGCCAAAAAAUGUGAGGCAUUUUGGUGAAAUGGUCAAGAGGUUGAGAAAUGAGUUCGCUGGUAUUAGGAAAGAUAAUAACGUUGUUGUUUGUUGUGCGUGAAUGGGACAUGCUGUUGACAAGUGAGAGCCUUUCCAAGAUUGCAUUUAUUGACUUGCCAAACAAGGAAAUAGUUCAAAAAAGGCCUUGAAGUAUUUAUUAAAAUGGAAGGAUGCCCAUUGUUUUUCACAGACAAAAAUUUUAUUUUAUGAUUUUUAAACCAUUUCUUUUCAAUCGUAGUGGACAAAACACAGGUUACAGAUAUCACUAAAUUUGAAAAAAAAAUUUACGUUUAUAGCAUUAGUCUCCACUACAGCCACUGUGUGCUUAGUUCCAUCAUGUUUUGCCUCACUGAUUAACUGAAAACUGCUCACGUGAGACAUUCUGAGCUUGACAUUUCGGCCGGGAAACUGAUUUUGUGUUGAUGUUCUAAGCAAAUCGCACCUGAAUGAAAUUGACACCGGACAUAUGUACCUCUUUAGUGAGGAUGGCAUCAGCGUUGUGCGCAUUCAGCUGUGUCGUGCAUUGUGUAUCUCUUGUGACCGGUUCCUUGCUGAUUUUUGCUUAGCAAAACAAAUAUUGCCUGGUGACAUUUUCUGCUUGGCACCUCUGUGAAAUGGGAGCCCUGUUUGCUGAGGCCAUUCAGCUCUCAUAUUGUCUGCUGGUCAGCUCUCAUUGCCAUAGGCAGGUUUCGCACACAGUCCAUAAGGUUUGGUGAAAGUUACUCAGCUAAUGUGCAUCGGGAUUUGAUAACUUAAAAUUGUGCUGAUUUCAGGUUUCUCCUAUCUCAAAAGGUGUUGCAAACUACACCCCAUGGAAUGGAACUUUGCAUAUCCCUGUUGUGUACCAAGCAUAUGCUGACAUGCACUGAGCCAGACCCACAUCUAUCUGGCGCAUUAUGGACAGACCAUCAGUAUCAUUAUUGGGAACUGCAUUUUAACUGUUCAUGCAAUUAAUUUAUGCUGACUCAACAGCUGUGCAUGCCAUUAAGUCCUGCAUAUGAACAGUAAAAGUUAAUUUCUAUUCUGCAGGGUGCUUUUCUUGGAAUGGGACAAAUGACAUUUUGCAGUGACUAGUUGAAGUAUUACGUUGCUUUAUCAGUGUCCAGCCACUUAGUAAUUAAUUCACAAAGGGAUAUUUAAUUGUUCUCUUAUGGUAUUUUUCCUUUAGAAAGACCAGCUUGUGAUUUUGAAGAUCGUUUUCCUGUGGAAGUGCUCCUCAGUGUACUGAUGGCCAUUGAUAUUAAUGCAACCAAAAUGUAGGCCAGUGGAAACUUUUUAAAACUGGCCUCUUGGGUAAUCGCACAUUGCCUUCACAUAGGGACUAUUCCUCCUACGUAGACAUAAAGCCGGGGCUCAAAAAUUAGAACAUACGUCUCUUGAAACCUGAACAGCAGGUUCAUUCAAAGACACCAUUGACUUCAUAUAGGUUUUCUGGUAUUGUGCCCACUACCCGGGCUUUGUGCGAGCAUUCAGUUUGUUGGUGUGAUCAGCCAAUCUGCUCAGUCGCUCGAAUCGGAAAGAAAAGGCGAUUUGCUGGUGUCAGCAUUAUCAACAGAUCCUUUGAUAAAAUUAACCACUUGCGCAAAGAUCAAUCGAUUGCGUAUAUCCACCGAUUGCGCCCAACGCACACACUAGCAAUUUGUACCAUCCGCCAUGAUCGGUUAUGGAAGGCAGUAUCCAAAAUGGCAUUGUUGUCCACAAGCUACAGGCUGCGGCUAGUCAUAGUAGUGUACUAUAAUGGUAUAAACACAAGCCGUAGACACCUAAUACCCAUUUCAGACAUGGCCCACAAUUGCAAACUACAAGGAUUGUGAGAUAUGUGACUGCAAGGGAUGUACAGAGAACUUUGCACUUUGCUGGGGAUUUCGACAGGAAUUUUUCCCUUAAAUAAGUUCUGUGCACGUUACAAAUCUCUCCAUAAAUGUAUAAAAGAAGGCAAAACAGUACUAUUUUUUAAUUUCUUGAUUAAAGGUCCGUGAGUUUGGUAUUUACUUUACACUGUUACAAUGUGCUGCGUAGCACAUUUUUAUUUUAUGUAUAUAGAAAAAUAUAUUGCGUUCAGGAAGUCUAGCCGCUCUCUUUUAUGGAAAAAAUGCUACAAGCAAAAAUGGAAACAAAAGCAUACAAAAAAAUUGGGCUGUAAUCUUUACUGCUCUCCUCUAAAUAGUUCUAUUGUUGGUGUUCCAUUGUGUUGAUUUAGCUUUGUCGAGUGGGAUAUCCCGGUCUUGGGUCUGGUAAAAGGAUUUUUUUCUUUAAGAACUACUGCCCAGUUGUUUAUGACAGGAUCCACUUUGGAAAGGUGGUUGUGCUAUUUUUCUUGGAAUAAUAUGUCUCCACGAGAAAAACUCGCCCCCCCCCGCCCUGCUGGAUAUGCCACUGGCUUUGGUGAUUUUCCACCUUCCUCAAGUUUACUGAAGGCAGACCCAGCUCUGGCUCAAGAGAGAGGUUUAGCUGUCGAGAGGGAAGUUUAAGAGGCAUUUCCUAUUGAUUUUUGUUUUCAUUUUGUUUUCAUACAUGUAGACGAAAAAAGUGGCCUUUCGUUAUUUUUCUAAACGAAUUUUUGGAAGGGGGGCCCUGCUGGCCCCCUGGAACCGUCCUUGUUUUUUCCCGUAAGCCUAUGGCUAAUUGACUGAUAGGCCAAUAGAUAUUUUGUCACUUUAAAGUAAUUUAUCGUUGAGAUGUAAUUCACUGUAAACAGGAAUUCACAAAUCCCAUCUGACUUUUAAUGAGUUUGUAAUCAUAGAUAGUUAUGUCACAGUGUUGAACAUAACGUUUGACGUUAGGCAUUUCCUGCAUAAGUGGCUGCGGCUACCUAUGAAGGUCACUGGCUAUGGGUCCAGCCAAAAUUCCAUAGACGUAUGCGUUACGCUUAGCCUCAGCGAGUUGAUUUUGACAGAGCCAUGCUCCAUGAUAAUAAUUAUUCAUAUACCCUUUAAUAUCAAGUUUCAGCCUGAAUCUUAUACCCUGACCUGUCUUGCAGGUGUUUCGUGGUUUUAGGAGAUCAAUGUCGGCCUCCGGCUACACGAUCCUCAGUGGUUAAGUUGUUAAGUCACCUGUCCAAAUUGAUUCAGUUUCUCUGAUUUGGCUUCAAUUUCCUGCGGUUUUAUCAUGCAAAUGCCGGAUUAAUUUGGAAAUGGUGCGUAGAAUCGCCAGAAACUGUCUCCGGGCAAGGUUUACUCGACGCCGAAAUUACUCAAAUUUCUGAGUGGUCAUGGUAACAGCUCAAAUCCGGGAAUAUCACUGUACUGGCCACAGAGUAGACUCGCUUCAAGUUUUUCCUGACCCAAAAAGUCCCAGCAAUGAUAUCACGUGCAGCUUUUAUUGGCUUAGUGCGUCAGUCGUUGAUAAAUUGAUAACACGCUGGAAUGGACGUGAUGCAGUGGGACUGACUUGUGCAAGUCUAGCCAUUGUCACUGCUUGUUCGCCAGGGGUUCACAGCUGAACACCUGUUUUCACUUCCUCUAAAUAAAAAAAAUCAAUGCUGGAAACUUGAAUUAGGUAUGGGUUUUUUAAUAAGUUCUAUUAGAUCAUAGAUAUAGCUUUCAUUUUAAUUUCCAGCCGUUUCCUUUAUCAUCGAAUUUUUGACUUCGCGCUCUGAUCAAAGGGUAUAGUACUGUACCCAUUGCGCGACAAGCCCGACCGUUUGGUAUAAUAUGCCUACCACUUUCCUUGUAUAGCAACGUUAAGUACUGGAAGGUUCCGACUCGAAACUUCGGUUGAGAUUUUUACCAGGGAAAUAAUCCAUCUCAGAGGUCUGGGAUAGUGCGUGAGAUGUUUACCAGGGAAAUAAUCCAUCUCUGAGGUCUGGGAUAGUGCGUGAGAUGUUUACCAGGGAAAUAAUCCAUCUCUGAGGUCUGGGAUAGUGCGUGUCCUAAAAAUUGCUGGACGCAAGAAGUGAGUUCGCUGGGAUCUUUAGAAUUGGAUUCUUUUGAAAGGACUUUCUGUAACUGAACGAACAGGCCUUUUCAAAGUAGAGAACUGUCCGGAGCUCACUUUACGUUGCUGAUCAGCAGGAGUUUGCCCGCCAAAGUGACAGAGACUAAGUUAGUGCACUAGUCUUGUAGUGGUUAGUACAUUAUGCCGGCUAAUUUGAAGUAUCAUAGAAUCGUUCCGGGAAAUUCAGCUGCUUUGGUGUAAUGUAAUAACAACUGGGACAUAGAACUUUAUUGCGAGCUUACGGCUUCUCCGCGCUUCGUUUUACACUUCGACAAAAUAAUGGAUUUACUAGUUUAAAUUAAAAAAAAAGUAAGGCUGUCAUUGUGACCUCUUCACGAAGCAUUUGUAAUACCUUUUCCCGCUGACAAGGAAACAAGAUUUUCGUUUCCCUCGCGUAUUUUAGCUUGGGAGUUUAAAAAUGUAUUUUUUUCGAACUCAAUUAACCUGCUGCAAAGCAAAUAAUAGUAUUCAUGCUUAAUGAAGCCACCGUGUUUUGCUUGUCUGUUGAAAAAGCACAAGUGACGGACCACAUGUUGUUCGAAGACGGGGAUGGUUGAUUAUGAACAGUUGUAAUUUAUUGACAUUCAAUAGUGCAUUGCGUUGGGGGGGGAUUUGGCCAUCGACCGACGGAGUUCCCGAGAGGAGCCGACCAGAUAUUCUGGAAAUUUCAACACACUGGUGCUUAUCAGCCUUGAGCCUCCUCGUGUUGUUUACCGUACCGUUCCCAUCAAUAUUCUCGUCAGUGACAUUUCAACAGGUACUGAAUAUAGUUGUGACACACUCAAACUUGAUCAUACCGUGUACACGGCACGUAUGGAAAGAAAGUAAACAUUGAUUAUUGAAAUCAAAUUCGUAUCAGUUUAGUUAUAUUCUGUUUAUAAGUAGCUGCAGGCGAAGUAAGCCUGUGAGGCUAAUAUUUUAAUUUUUAUUGGACUUAAGUUUUUGAACAUUUAUAUUUAAUAUUUCCAAUUUAUUUAAAAAUGUCUGCUUUUUAGAAGUGCAAUUGAAAUUUUUAAAAUUGAAUUGAAGCUUUGUUUUUUAUGCUUACUUGAAAGAAGAGUGUCUUCAAUGCCUUGUAUAAUUAUACUAUACUGUAUAAAUGCUUCACCUUUGUAAAUUUUGUGUCUAUAGAUAAUAACUCCGCUGAAUGUGCCAUAUGGGUUUGAAGCUGUUGACGUUUUGUCUCAUUGGAAUUUAUGUUAAGAAAUUAAAUGUGGUGAGGAGCAUAAGGGGCUUUAUAAGCGCACAUAGUUAUCAAAAACAACCAAUCUACCAAUUGAGUGUACUUGAUUAUCGCAAGAUAAAAGAAAGCCUUGUAAGUGUGAGGAGGAAACCGA